UAUGAACUCCACGUUUUAGUGGGGAAAAACAAAGACGUAAUUUUCACUACUCUAGACAUGACAAAAUUGGAAUACUCGGAAAAUUGUCACUUUUCCUAGUGCCAUAAAUCUGGAUGGGUAUUUGAGAUGUGACAGGGAGAAAGCGGAGGGGAAUCACUUGAAGCUGUGCUAGGAGGCAGAGUCUCUGAACAAACGCUGCCUUCCUCUUCCGAAAGCAGCCUCUGGUGAGACAGGUUAAGGUCCUCUGGGCGCUGGCCCAGAAAUGUUUUAGGAUGGGGAGAAGGACGCGGAACCUUCUCUAUUAGAGGGAGAGGGUGGAGAAGCUGCUUUCUCCUACCUCUCCCCAAUCCUCCCUGGAGCGAAAGCAAAAGCAAAAGUGAAAGUGAACGCCACUGUCCCCCACCCCGACCUCCGCCCACCAGCAAGCCUCGCUCAGCCUCUUUUCUGUCUCGGCCGGGUCGCUCCCGUCACCUCCUUUUCCCUUCCCUCUAGCCAGGGGAAGCCGGAGCCCGGGAGCCCGCUGCCGCUUCGCAGUGGAAGCAGAGCCGCUGCCAACCCGGAGAGCGUGGGCUCGAGUGGGCACGCGCCUAACUAACCUCAGGGGGCGCUCUGGCGCUCGGACGCCGUGGACCCAGUAGGGGUGGGGAGAGCGGAGGCGGGAAGCUCAACUGAUGGCAAAGUGCAGCCAGGUCCUGCGCUGUCGGCUCAUCGCCCUGCCCCUGCUGUGGCUCCAGCUCCUCCCGCUGCUGCCCCUCUGCGCUUUGCGAGAAGUGACAUGUCCUACUCCAAAAUCUGUUGAAAAUGCAGAUAUUAAGGUUAAGAGUCACAGCAUAGAAUCCAGGGAGCGGUAUGUUUGUAAUUCAGGCUUCAAACGUCAAGCUGGGACAUCCAACCUUAUUCAGUGUAUACUUGACCAGAAGUCAAAUACAGCCCGCUGGACAGAGACCAAUCUAAAAUGCAUCAGAGAUCCCACCCUGGUUCACCUACAGACAUCUUCCCCAACUAUGUCAACAAGGAAACUUCCCAUCCCUGGAAAAGGCUUCACUGUAGAACCGGAGGCUUCCAAGUCAAGCACCACAGUGACAACAGAGACAAUCAUGAUGUCAGCUUCUAUUUCCCUCCCAUCAUCCAUACACACAGAAUCUCCAACAUUAGCAGGUACGGUCUCGAAACCAGUCUCCAAGGAGAUAUCAUCAGAACCACCUUCUGCAACAGUCAUAAUAACAACUCGAAACUGGUCCUUCACAGUCCUGGCUCAAACAACAGCACAGACCAUGGAACAAUCCUCCCCUACUACCUAUGGGAUAAAACCAGAAAAACAAUAUUCUGUUAUCUCUUCUAUUUCUGUGAUUAUCAUUAGCCUGAUAGUAAUUUUGGUAUAUUUUAUUUGUCGGUGGUACACUAGAAGAAGGAAUCCAGUCCCAGAAGUCUCUGUUGGGACAGAAGAGAUACCAAUGACAGGGGGAAUUGAUAGAGAAGAAGAUGUAGGUAGCUAACUACAGAACAUACAUAGUAAAAAUGGAGAAAACAAAUUCCUUUUGUCUAUCACUCCUAUGUAGCAAGGUGUGGUAAAGAAGCCACAUUUGCCUUAGAAAAAAAGAGCUAUCCUUAGCUUAUACAAACAGAGAGAAACAAACCAGAAGAAAAAAUCUGAGCAUUGCAUCUGAGGAGAAAUACACAGUUCUUAACUUUAAGUUCUUUAUGCAUCUACUGAAUACCCCAACAUCAGGUUAGAAUUUGACCAGAAAAGGUUCUUCCGAGGUAUACAGGUGUAUUCAUAAGAGGCAGGGCACUUAGAAAAUACAUUGUGGGAAAGUUUUCCAAGCAAAAGCUCAAUUAGAUCCUCAUUAAUAGCUACUUACUUCAUUUGGUUCUGUCUGGAGACUGAAAGAAAUCUGAGUAUUCCCCCCCCAAAAAAAUAUCUAACCUGCAAAUAACAAAAAAGUACAUGAACAUAUGACAGAAAUUAUCUGUAAGUCUUCCCUGUAAAAUGUCUGGUUAAAAGAUUUGUAAUUUUUAAAUUAAUAGCAUGAGCAUUUCAAUACCUAAGAAACAUAUCUGCAGCUAGAUUGCUUCCCUUAAAAUGCAUGGUAAGGAAAUCACUGAUCAGGCAGAAGAGAAAUGUGCAAAUUUAGGCAUAAAUGAAUCCUUUUGACUGAUGAUUUUUGGAUCAAAGAUUUAAAAUGGGUGAUAUACUUUUUUAUAUGUGUAUUUGUCUAGUUUAUAUACUUGUUUGAAUGUAUGUAAUAUAAGAUAAAAUAAAUUUUUUUAAUUUUUUAACAUUUAAGUGAGACAAAUAUUAUUUGAGGAUUGAAGAAUAUAUUAUGACUGAAGAA